GGUGCUGAGCAGCCACUCCCACAGUAAGCCCAAUAAGCGACGUAAGAAGGAUCUUUAAUCUUACAAUCCAACUCUAAUGCUGCUCAGCAUGCGUCAUGGGACAUCGCUUUUAUUACCUAGGAAUAACGACGGCAAAUUGUGUGACCCAGAUACUAGACAGCCCAUUACCGGAACAACACGGGACGAGCUUCUCUGGUUUUUACGCACAGAAUACGAGGGACAGCAUCGGGCCAAUAUUCCGUAUUCUGCCACCACCUACACUUACAGGCCAUCGGUUCGCGAUGUCGUUGCCAAUGACUUGCCAGAUAUACCUCUUUACCACUGGAUAGAUGCUUGUAACAAGUCAGUGCCCGUCUAUAUCAUACCGGGACGAAGGUGGCUACUACUUCGGGUGGUACUUCAUAACUAUAUCUACCGACGAUGGUUCCGUCCAUAUCGGAGCGAAAUCGAUCAUGGACGCUUUAUCUGCAAAUUCAUAUACCCACACAACUUACCUGAUGAACCCACGACUUCUAUGGUGACGAUCCGUGAUAUUAUUUCUCUCGACCAAGCCUUCUGCAACAAAUUUCAGGCACAGCGCAGGAUUUAUGCUGAAGAGCGGUGUUCAGAUACCAGAUGGGUUGAAAGCGACUACAUUGAAGGCUGUUUGAAUCAUCAUAUUCUUCAACCUUUAUUUCAAGCACUGCUUAUUGUUGUGUCCGAUGAGAAGUACAACAAGGAAACAUCUGAGAAUGUCAGCAAUCUUCCCGUGUACUUGGUUCGCACAGGUGUAGAAGAAGGACUCAGCGCACCCAUCUCUUUUGAGUCUAUCUCAGCCAAGAUUAUCAGCCACCUGAAACCUGGACGUGUUGUCCAAGUCACAGUGGAGACGGCUAUUGAUUUCGUCAAGGGAUUAGAAGCUAGAGAGGCUGCUGCGUUUGGGCUGCGACCUGACCCGGUAGUGGAUUGGGCGCCGCCCGGGCAAAUGAUUGAAGAUUGGAAGUUGACAAGAGAGACUGAACCUCUGGUCGGACCAAAUUCCCAGUGGGUGAAUAUUGAGAAAUAUCCGAAGUGGACUGGGAGUGGCGAGCGAAACGACUCUGGGCUCAUGGCUCGGUUUGAAGAACAGGCGUUUAGGCUGGAAGCUAUGAGAGAAGCUGGGAUGUAGGCGGAAUUCGAAGCGUGGCGAGCCACUGGUGAAUCCACUGUUAAAUAGAACACUGUAUGGGAUGGAACUGGAGUUGCUGUUAUGAUAGGCCAUGACUUUCACCAAUUCGGUCUUGAUGUUGGUGAGAAGAGCAAUGGUUCUCCUGUAAAUGACGAGAGGUGCUUACCUAGCGUAUGACAACAUAUUCACACGAAUUAGCCGUAAAACAUGGAAUAUUGUUAGUAUUACAAUAUACAAAUAAUUUGAGAAUGUAGCGAUAGUCGUGAUACUUUC